UGGGGUUGGAUAGAAAGUGUUCUGGGAAGCCCAGGAAACCUGGAUAGUUCUACACCGAUCAAUCCCAAUGACUCAAAUCACAACACCAUCCCAACGUUCAUCGUCUUGCACUCUUAACUAUAGAGAGAAGAGAACACUCAUCAACGCAUUUGAGGAGACCACAGUACAUGAAUGCAGAGCACCCAUGUGCCAUGGGGGCGGAGCCAGUUCUUAGGGGAGGAGCCAGGUGUCAGGGUCGGAAAGGAGAGGACGUCAUGUUGAGGAAACAAAACCAAAGCCAGCCGACGUGGAAUCAGGUCUCUCGUUCAGGCGAAAAGAAAAGGUAUUUUGGAAAAAAAUAGUCUGGCAGACAGAAGCCAUAGCAAGGAAUGGCCUCUGCUAACACUGCCUGGUCUGAGGAUAACUUUUCAUGUUCCAUCUGUCUGGAUGUGUUCAACCAUACAGUUACCACACCAUGUGGACACAACUUCUGCAGAACCUGUAUUACUAAAUUCUGGGAUGAACAAGUCAAGUACAAAUGUCCUGUUUGCGACAAGCUUUUCGACACAAGACCUGAUCUACAGGUCAAUACUCUCUUAUCAGAGAGGGUUAAUCGCUUUGGAACGUCCGUACGAGUAAAGGAGCAGCCUUGUGUUGAACCAACAGAAGUUCUCUGUGACUUCUGUACUGGGACCCAGCUGAAGGCUGUGAAGUCCUGCCUAGUGUGUCUUAUCUCUUACUGCCAAACCCACCUGGAGCCACAUCAGAGAGUCGCUGGCCUGAAGAAACAUCGGCUGGUCGAGCCAAUGGAGCGUCUGGAAGACAGGAUGUGUAAGAAACACGACCGACUUCUGGAGCUCUUCUGCCAGAAUGACCAGGUGUGUGUGUGUCAGUUCUGCACAGAGGGUGACCACAGGUCCCAUGCUGUUGUACCUCUAAAGGAGGAAUAUGAAGUGAAGGCGGCCCAGCUGGGGAAGAUAGAGGCUGAAGUUCUGCUGAUGAUCGAGGAGAGACAAAAAAUUAUUCAGGAGAUUAAAGACACAGUUAAACGCAGCAAAGCAGAUGCAGACAGAGAGAUUGCCGAUAGUGUGCAGGUCCUCACAGGUCUGAUGCGCUGCCUUGAAAAGUGCCAGGAUGAUCUCAACCAAAUGGUUAAAGAGAGACUGAAAUCCACAGAAAAAAAAGCAGAAGAAUUCAUCAAAGAGCUGGAGCAGGAAAUAGAAGAUUUGACCAAUAUAAGCUCAGAGGUGAAGCUGCUCUCCGGCAAUAAAGACCACCUCUACUUCCUCCAGACCUUCAGAUCCCUGAAGAAACAUGCGCCCACCAGAGACUGGACAACGGUGGAGGUCCGUCCUCCGUCAUACGUAGGGACCUUGAGGAGAUCCCUGGAUCAGCUGGAGGAGACACUGAACAUGGAGAUGAAGAAGCUGCGUGAUGCUGAACUGAAGAAGGUCCAGCAGUAUGAAGUAGAUGUGACUCUGGAUCCUGAUACAGACCAUCCCAGUCUCAUCCUGUCUGAGGAUGGGAAACAAGUACAUCACGGAGGUGUAUGGAAGGAACUCCCAGACAAUCCUAAGAGAUUUACAAAGAAGUUUUAUGUUCUCACGAGGCAGAGCUUCACCUCUGGGAGAUAUUACUUUGAGGUCCAGGUUAGAGACAAGACUAUAUGGCGUUUAGGUGUUGCUAAAGAGUCCAUCGACAGAAAAGGUCAGAUCAGAGUGACCCCUGCGACGGGUUACUGGAUUAUUACUUUCAACGACGAUGUGUUGGGCUUUAAUGAGGUCCCUGUUGUCCGUCUCCCUCUGAGAGGUAAGCUCCAGAAGGUGGGGGUGUUUGUUGAUUAUGAUGAGGGUCUGGUCUCCUUCUAUGAUGUGGAAGCCAGGGUUCAUAUCUACUCUGCUACUCGCUGCACCUUUACUGAGCCUCUCUAUCCAAUCCUCAAUCCAUGUACACGAUGUGAUGGUAGAAACUCUGCCCCCCUGAUCAUCUCACCUGUCAAUCAAACAGACUAGGACCUUUGUUUGAUAAUAAAUUAAUCAAUACCUCAAUAAUCAAUAACUAAUGUUGUUACCUGAAUUAGAAUAUGUACCAUUUGAGAUCUUAGAGAACUGUAUUUAUAUCAUAAUGUACGCUGUCAUUCGACAAGGAUAAUUUUUAUUAAGAGACUUACACAAAGCAAGCAUUAUAAACUCAUAAAUUAUUAAAUAACUGUGGUUCAA